AUGUGUGAUCGUGAAUCCAGACUGAAGGCUAUUGAGUCAGCUAUUGGUACCUUUCCGGAUUUCCCAGUAAAGGGUAUUCAGUUUCGAGAUAUUUUCGGUGUAUUCCGAAACCCUGUCUUAACGCAGUAUUUGCUGGAUGAAACAUACAAUAUUGCUACAUGUAACAUACAAUGCGGAAAGAAAAUAGAUGCUGUUGUAGGCCUUGAAUCACGUGGUUUUCUUCUUGGACCAACUCUGGCUCUUCGAUUGAAUUGUUCCUUCGUCCCUGCUCGAAAAGCAGGAAAACUUCCAGGUCCUUGUUACUCUCAUACAUACGAGUUAGAAUAUGGAACUGAUACUCUGGAAAUUCAGAGAGAUUCUGUAAAACCUGGGGAUAAUGUACUGCUGUUCGAUGACCUAAUAGCUACUGGAGGAACCUUAGAAGCGUGUGUCAAAUUAAUUAGACUGGCAGGCGCAACUGUCUUGUCCAGUUUGACGUUUAUGGAACUGAAAGAUUUGCCUGGACGUAAAAGGUUGGAAGAUCUUGGAGUGAGUGUACACUCAAUCUUCCAAAUUUAA